ACGUCCAACAAUGGAUCGACAUUUUAGGAGAUUAAAUCUUUGUAUAAUAUUUUUAACAAUUCUAAGUAAUUAUAUGAUAAAACCUGAUACUUAUAACGUUAAGAUCGGAACGGAACAACACAUUAAUUUGGUCGACAGUAAUUUCCUCAGUUUCACGAUCGACCCGAAGUAUUUGCUUUCAUCAAGUGAAAAAUACAAUAAGAAAGAAUGCAUCUGCAUGGCAUCAGCAUUAACUCCAGCGUACAUUCGCAUUGCGGGUCCAUCUACUUCACACAUGACGUUUAAGAACACUACCACACCACAAUUAGCCAUAGACGAGUUCGACAAGCCCAAGAAACUUAGUCUAAGUAAGCUGUUCAGAGAGGAUGAAGACGAUCGUCGCUCCAAAAAGUCCAGCUUCGCCGUAACUAACAAACAAUGGGAGGAAUUCGUCCACUGGGCGAAAAGUACCGGUUUCGAUUUGGUGUUUGCUUUAAACAGCGACGAGAAAACCAGCUCUGGCAUGUGGGACCCUAACACCGCGCUGAAGAUCCUAACAGUAGCUGAUCAGUCCAACAUCGGAGACAUUUUCUGGCAAUUGGGUUAUGAAUGUCACAAUCAAUCAAUCGAAGAAUACCUAAACGAUCUCGAGACACUCCGCGUGAUCAUCGAGACCUUUCCCUCGGGAAAGGCAGGCCGAUGGCAAGUAGUGGGGGGUGAUGUUACGCACUGCUUGCAGGCAGAUUCCAAGAGUGACUUUAAGGAUUACGUGACAUUAUCAAACGAUAUGCUGGAUGCUAUUUUGUUGAAUGGUAAUUCAUCAUCCCAAGAACUAGAGCGCAUGUCAGAUAAAGACCGGCUCAAGUUGCUCAAGUUGCUUAGCCGUAGCGACACGCCCCUCUGGCUGACCGAACACAGUCCAGUAUUAAGCGAAUUGGAAAGGGCAGUUGACUGGAUGACCAGCCUUGGAUACUCAGCGAGAAACGGAUUCUCAGUGCAUUACAGGGAAUUAAUGGAGAAGGAACUUUAUGAACCAACUUUGAGUUUCUACAUGGCCCUCCUGUACAAGAACCUGGUGGGCGAGCGCGUGCUGGGCGUGGACAUGUCGGCGUCGCAGGCGGCCGUGUUCGCGCACUGCACGGCACCGCGCCGCGCCCGCGCGCCCGGCGCGCUCACGCUCUUCGGCGCCAACCUCGCGCGCGAGCCCGCCCGGCUCUCCGUGCGCCUGUCCGCCCGGGAGGAGGGCGGUGACAUCAUGCAGUUCAUAUUGGGGCACGAUCACAGCGGGAAUAUAGUAGUAAAUAAUCGAGCUAUGUAUUACGAAGGAGACAUUCGCCCUGUGGUCAAACGUCUUCGCCCAUAUAAGACGCUACUCCUAAACCUCCCGCCAAAUUCUUUUGGCUUUUGGGUUCUAGCUAAUACAAAAGUGAAGGCAUGCUAUGAAAAAUAUAAAAUAAAUAAUAAGAAACCAUCUUCAGCUUUGACUGUUGAUACAAAAGACAACGAAGAGAGUAAUUUUAUCAGAACAAAGCGUUCAGAAGAUGAGUAUAAGAAAUAUUACAAUUCAUCGCAUACUCAUCGAGAUGAAUUGGAAGAAUUUAUUGAUGGAACUGAAGGUCAUGAACUUAGUAAAGAAAAUAAAGCUUUGCAAGAAAGCAUUGAUACUAUUAAUAGAGAUUUACGAAACGCACAGAAAAUAUUCCAAGCUAAUUUAAAUAAAAAUAGUAAUCCAGUGCGGGUUAGGCGUGAAACAUUCGAUGAUGGAGAACAAAUCAGAAAACCCAAAAGAUAUAAUAUCAAAACAAAAAAUACUUUAGGAGAUAAAUCUUUCAAGCACAAUAUCAUACAGAAAUUGACAAAGUUUUCAAAAGAUCACAUUGCAAGAAUAAAGAACAAAUCGAAGUCAUCGCUUAACAAUCUCAGACAUUAUAGAAGCAAAUCGAAAAGAAACCUAAAAGGGACAAAAUCGACACAGAAUAAUGCCAAUGAAAUCGAAUCGAAUAUUCCAAAAUCGGACUUAAAGUCUGGCCAAAAUAAAAUAAUAGUAAGAAAAAGAAGAAAUGCAAAAAAUAAAUUAUUAAAAAGGUACGAUGAUGACACAGCUGAGAACGAAAUAUCUUACGACAGUAAAGAAACUUCUAGAUUUAGUAAGAUCAUUCACAAACUUAAAAAGAUUAGCGAUUUGCCGUUAGAGAUACAAGAUAAAGAUGAUAAUGACGAUUACGAUUUACAUUCAGCCGAAGGAAUUGUUUUAAAGACUAAAGUAUCGGACGACAGUGCCACUAUAGAUAUAAGCGAUAAAUCUCACACUGGACUACUUAAAUCAACGCUUGACGAUAUAUUGUCGUUGCUAGUUGAUUUUAAUAAAAAUAUUAACAGAAUAUUUACAGCUUUUACGAUAUUGGAAUAAUUUAAGAUGUCGUAUAAACUAGAUGAAGGUGUACCUGUAUUUUUCAUUUCUAUGUUUGUAUAAUCAGCAAUUCCUUGCAACAGUUAUUGAAAUGGAUUGUGGAUAUUUUUAAGUGUAAAUUUUGUAAAUAAAGAUAAAUUAUACCUUUUUUAUUUAUAUACUAACCUUAG